UAGUCCCGGUGGACUGCGAAGGAAAAACAUUUAAAAUUCCCCCGACAAAAGUUCCCGCUCUGUUCCUUCUCAUCUUAUUCACUCUGAAACUCUGCUUCAUCAAAUCCCUAGUCUUGUGGAAGAAGUUUUAAACAUGGGAGAAACUGAAAGGCUCCUCACAAUCUCAGAGCUGAUCCGUCGUGGUCGGCCAUUCACGGCGGCAUUCUCACUCAAUUCCUCGCCGACCAUUUCUGUUUCUCGUCCAUCAUCCAAACCAAUGUCAAUGUCGGAUGAAAAACCCCAAUCCCAACCUUCAUCUUCUGGUCUCUCGUCUAAAUCUAACCCUAUACCUAAAAUCCUUGCACCUUUGAUUGGACCGGCGAUCCUUAUUGGAACCCUACUUCUUCCUGCUGAAACCCUAAAUUGCCCGAACAAGAAUUGCUUUCAGUUCUCGGAUGGUUCAUCCACCAUUUGCUGCGAUAUUCUCGAUUUUAGUGUCCGUGCAGUCGGGAAGAAGAUUCAUGUCCUCGCUUGGAAUUUCAUUCCUCUAAAACAUUCUGGUGGUGGAUUUUUAGAGAUUAUCCGAUGGAAUUUUCCGGAUUCAAGUAGAAGCUCCCUUUCCCGCUGCUCCAGUGUAGAUUCUAUUCCUAUUGUUUCUGGUUCUCCUUCCCCUCCUACUCCUAUCGCAGACAAUUCCAAGGCUCGUUGUCUCGUUCAUGGUCCAAUCGAAUCAAUAAGUCCUGUUACACUCGUUCCAUGUUCAACUGGUGCUAGCGAGACUAACAAUCUUCGCGGGUUUAUUGUACAAAUUAGAGUUUGCGAGUGUAAAUUAUGUAAUUCUAAGGAGUCGAUUACAAUUUUACAUAAUUUAGCUCAAGGACAGCAUCCUCAUUGUUUUCUACAACCUUUGUUUGUAUAUUUCUUUGGUCCUUCUUGGAGGUGGCAUCCUGUGAUUACCAAGCUUGUAGGAAAUGUUGUCACGCUAUCAGGGCUUAAAAAGAAGUUGGUUUUUAUAGGGAAAGAGGAGUCUCAAUUGAUGUUUGUAACCACAGAAAAUUCUGUUUUGCAUUUGCCGAGGUUAUCCAACAAAUGGUCACCAUUUAUGAAAAAUAUUGUGGGAAAAGGGGAAUGUGGUGCUUAUACUGGCGUUGUCAAGGGUGUAUACAUGCGAGGAAUGGUAAUUGAGCUGGACAAAGAAGUGUGGCUUUUACUAUCUGAUCAAUUGCUAACUGCACCACACAGUCUUAGGGUUGGCGCCAUUAUUUCUUUGAAGAAUGUGCAUUUUGUUAAUCCAAAAUUCACUUGGACGCAAAUGCUCAUACUUGGGACUUGCUUAAAGACUAGUAUUACUGUAGAGUCAUUCUCACCAUUGGAAACAGGGUGUAAUGUAGUUUACCAAUCACAAAGUCAGCUGGGGAAGUUUAUUGAUUCCUUGAAUUAUUCUGCCAGGCUAUGGGUAAUACUCGUUGUUUCAAGUUUUCGCAAGAAGUUUGCUGGAAUUUUGUCUGAAAAAGAUAUCUUGGGUUCAAAACAUAAGGAAGGACUGGCUCAGAUGUUUUCUAAUUCACAUUUACCUCCAUCAGUGACUCGAGCUCGGCAUGGAAUAAUUGAAGAAUUAUGCAAGCACAGCUCAUGUGGCUGUGAUAGUGAAGCAUAUUGUGCUAACCUGAAAUUGGUGGCACCUAUCUCUACCUUUCUCCAUCAUUGUGAGACCAUGUGGAUGAGAGCACCAUUGCAAAUGGAGAGAAAUUUUCACAUCUUGCAUGAUGAUACUCAAUUUAAUCUAGUAUCAUUUAAGGGAAGAUCUCCUAGUAUGACACUAAGGAGGAUGUUUCGAAGUGAAGAUAUAGGUGUUUCUCUUCUUGGAAGCCUAAAGAUUUCCCCAUCUUCUGGAAGGUUGCAGUUAGUUGAUGCAACUGGGAGCAUUGAUGUCAUAGUACCUGAUCUCCCAUCUGGUUGGAAGUCCGAUGGCUUCUAUGAGGUUAUAGACUAUAAUCUAAUUAUGGAAGGCACGCCUAACUUUGUGGAUCAUCCAGGAUUGCCUGUCAUGGAGUCAUUCUCAUGCAGGCAUAUCUUUGAUUACACCCCGUUGGCAAGAGAGAUGAAUUUGACAAUUUAUAUCAAUUUUCACUUAGGCAAUACAACUUGCAGUAAUCUUCCCUUUUAUCCUUGUGUGGACAGCAAUUAUGAAUUUAUGGAACUUCAAGGGGGAAGAUUUCAUCUGAUAUGUAUAACACACAAAUAUCCUGUGCUACAGAAGUUUAAAGGUGAGCCAGUGAUAACAGAUUAUUACACUGCAUUUGCUGAGGCCAUUAUCUUGCCCUGGGAUCUGUUUCUUCCUGUGAAAGAUGGAGCUGUGCUUCCCGUUAAUAUUUCAGGGGAUUGGCUUGAUGAGCCAUCAGAACAUUUUAUCAUUGAAAAUUACCAGGAACAUCUGUCCUAUAAGAAGCGUAAAAUUGAUCAGGCAUCAAGCCAGGCUUCUAAGGGAUCCAAUGAGGGGGAAUGUGGAAACUUGAGUUCUCUUGAAAUUCCAUGCUUGGCUACUGUUAGAACUGCUUAUAGUUGCAACUUGGUUGAUUCAGGAAAACUGUGCUUCACAAAAUCUAAAGUAAAAGUUGGUGCUGACUGUAAACUGAGUGCACAAAGGGUGUUGCUAGAAUUCAAUUCUGAAAAUUUUUCCAAGUAUCAGGUGCUGCAGAUCGGCAGUUAUUACAUCAUAAACCACCAUCCAGAAGAAUCCUUCUGUAUUGUUAAGGACUGCUGUAGUGUUAAUUGUGAUAAAGUUUUUAUAUCUUCCAGAACACACAUGUGGGGACUUUCUUUCUCUUCUGAUGAGGUAGUCACACAUAAUAAAAUGUCAAGCCUUCCUUCUCAAAAUGAUUAUUCUAUAAGGUGUAGAGAAGUUCCUCUAAGUGAUCAAGUUGAACUAUUCUUGAGGUCCAUCGGUAAUUUUCCAGAAUCUUCUUCAGAUGUUUGUCUUCAUCUCUCUGCCAAUGCAAAGGUUUUUUUGGAAGUAAAGCUUAAUGAAGCAAAAGAAUCACACAUUGAGCCUCUUACGACACAAGAAGAGACUUCAAAUGAUUCUCCUAAUGUUUUGACCACAAUGUCUUCACCUAAUUUAUCUUUUGGAUCUCUUGAUUUUCCUUGCCUUUUUCCAGAGGGAAAUUUGACAUCCGUGUGUGGAGAUGUGGUUGACAUUCAUGGUUUUGACUGCAAUUCUGCCAAUGUCCAUUUAAGCUGUGAAAACUUAGAUGAUGAUCUUCACAUGAAAUUCUUUCAGGGAAGCACAAACAUUUCUCGUAUUCAUGUUUUGGUGGAUAAUCAAAUGGUGAGCAUUUUAGGUUCCCUUAGCAAACAUGCAUAUCUUGUUGGAUUUGGACCUGGUGUUAAUGCAACAUUUCAUCGAAUUCUCAAAUUGAGGGUGGCAAAUAAGUUCAAGCUGACACCUGUAUCAUUUAUUGUCUUGAACUCCAUAAGGGUUGGUAAUGGACCAUAUAGUGAAAAAUCUUUUAAAAUCUGCUCUACAUUGUGUAUGUCAUCAGCUGCCUCUUCGGACAAUGUUUCUUCUGGUAUUAUUUCUGAAUUCAUUCAGUGCUCAGAUUGCAAGCCUAUGCGAUUUAGUUGCAGGGUCGUUGCUCUCCAUGUAUUGGUUUUGGAGAACAAUAUAAAAUAUUAUGGUGUGCUUUCUAGAGCUCAAGCUAUGCCAAACUUUGUUGAUAUUCCGCUUGUGGGUUUUGUGUUGGAUGAUGGAUCGUCCACAUGUUGUUGCUGGGCUAAUGGUGAAAGAGCAGCAACUCUGCUGAGGCUGCAUGAAGAACUCCCACUGAGGGCAUUUGUAAGCAGUGGCUGCACGUUGCAGUGUGUGGGAGUAGACAAGAGUUUCACGAAAAGUACUAUGUUUCAUCUUGAAAGAAUUUUAAGGAAGAACAGUAGAAUUACUGUCAGAAACCAUGGAUCAAUAGUAGAUUCUUCUUAUCAAGACCUUACUGUUUCUGUGAGUUCAGAGAAUGCUCUCAGCACCUCAGAUGAGAAUCUCCUGAAAUUUAUAGUCUUCAAUUCUUGUUUUGGCACAUUUUGGACCGUGAUUGCUGGUGUGAUGGAUCCAAAUGCUAUUAAGCAGUUGGAGAAAGAGCAUCUGCUAGAACUGGAGACGGCAGUGCUUCCCAUGCGGAAUGUAUGGGCUAUGGAAGUCCAAUACACGAAUGCUCUUGUUGAGGCCAGGAACAUGAUUGAAGAGUUGAUAAGCAGGUAAUUAUUCAUACUGCGAAAAUUUGCAAGUAUGGCUGAGCUGUUGCUAAAGUUAUGCACUUGCUUUCUUCCCCAACUUUUUGCAAGUGUAACUUCCUGUCGCAUUUCUAAGAUCCGUUGUCCUUGCCUCCCACAUCCAUAAAUUCUUGCUUGGAUGGCCAUUCAGGUGAGAAUCAAUAUAAUGACAAAUCUGGGGACUUUGUACAGACGCAAAACCUGUAGGGUAACUUCAUACAGAUGUACACUAAUGUAAUAUGUACGUGUUGUUUUGACCCUAAACAAAGCUUGAAUGAUGAUCAGCCAACUUCAACACUUCUGGAACUUGGUCAUUGAAGCAUGGUUGAGUUGAUGUACACAUGGGUUAAUGUAAUAUGAUUCGUCUUAUCUCAA